AUGUGUAAAAAUAAAUUAACAGUUUUUAUUAUUACAUUUAUUUGUAUUCAUAUAAUAAAAAGUGACACAAAUGAUGAGUAUAAAAGAAAGAAAUAUUGUGGAUUUCAAGAUGAACUUAAAAUACGUACUAAAAUUGAAAAAUUGAAUCUAAAUGAAGAGGAUAGAAUUAAAGAAUCGAUGACAAACAUGUAUAUUCAACAUGCCCAAAUGCUCGAAAAACUGAAACGAAAUCGUAAUGAAGAUUAUGUAAACACUUCAACACUCAACAAACGUGCAGAUUAUGGUAAUAUAGAUUUUAAUACAACUGUGUAUGCUCAUUUGUUCAAUAAAACAAAUUACGUUUAUGACAAAAAUGUCAUCGCCGUUACAAGCAUGCCUAUUGCUAUUGAUACAAACGUUAAUGUAUUACCCUCUCUUAGGUAUGUAUCUGAUGCCAUAAAGAUCCACAAAAGAUCUACAAAUUAUAUGAAUCAAACUAUUUCAUUAGAUAAAGGGUUUAAACUUAAUAUUGAUAGUAAAAAUUCUGAUCCUAAUCAUCCUAAUACCGGACAUGUAAGAUCAAACCUAUCCGUUAAUAAUACGAAUAUAUCUGUGAACUCUGACGCUAUAAAUCAAAAUGGUACAAUUAACUUUACAAUUGAAACGGAUUUAUCAAAAUUUGGCAAUGGAAAUGUCAUUACUUUACAUACAGUUAAUGGUAGUGUACAGUACCUCAACUCUACGGAAUUGGACAUUUUAUUGCUUAAUAAUAAUAACACAAGUCCAAGUAAUAAAACAGAUUCUACUUUUGAUGGAAGCCAAAGACCGCCGAAUAAACCAAAGAGACCAACUAGACCAGUUCAACCAACUAGACCAGUUCAACCAACUAGACCAAUUCAACCAACUAGACCAGUUCAACCAAUUAAACUAGUUCAACCACCUAAACCAAUCAGACCAAUAUUCAACCAAUCCUACCAAGUUCACAAUGUAUCAGAUAUAACAGAUAUAACAGAUUCUGUUUCUAAAAGGACUACGUUCACAAAGAAAUAUUAUUAA